CUGUCUUUAUUCAUCAUACAUCGAGUAGUCUCUCCCGAUCUUCAACAAUCAACGAUUGUUUUGAAAUUGAAAAUCCAGAAUCAAAUUAAACCCUAAGAUGGAUCUCCUCCAGCAAGAACUCCUAAAGAAACGGAAAUCCCUAGCCGAAGACACCGGCGGAAAACGUUUCUUCAAGCGCUCCGAAAUCGAGCAGAAACAAAUCCAAAAGCUACGCGAACAGGAAAAACGUGAACAAGAAGCCAAACUCCUCCGCCAAAACGCCGCCACCUCCACCUCUAACAGUGCCGCGACUAAAUCGAACACUCUCUCUACCUCCACGACAACCUCCGCGACCAGUACGACCACCUCCGCCGCCACCACUUCCAAAUCCCUAACCAACGAGCAAAACAUCGAUAACUUAGUUUUGCCGAAGCAAGAAGUCAUUCGGCGGCUCCGGUUACUGAAACAACCGAUCACUCUUUUCGGCGAAGACGAUGACGCACGGCUCGAGCGGUUAAAAUACGUUUUAAAAGCGGGACUUUUUGAGGUUGAUAGUGACAUGACUGAAGGACAAACGAACGAUUUUCUACGCGAUAUUGCGGAGUUAAGAAAGCGGCAGAAGACAGGGAUUUUAAGCGAGAGGAAGAGAAAAGAUAGGGAAGAGGGGAAAGAGGAUGGAGAAGGAGGAGGUGGAGAUGAAGAGUUGAGUGGUGAUGGUGGUUCAAGUGGGGUUGAUAUGGAUAAAGAUUUGAAGAGAAUGAAAGCUAAUUUUGAUGAGCUGUGUGAGGAGGAUAAGAUUCUUGUGUUUUUUAAGAGGUUGUUGAAUGAGUGGAAUCAGGAGUUGGAUGAAAUGCCUGAAGCUGAGAAAAGGACAGCUAAAGGGAAGUCUAUGGUGGCUACUUUUAAGCAAUGUGCGAGGUACUUGAAUCCUUUGUUCAAGUUUUGUAGAAAGAAGGUUCUUCCCGAUGACAUCCGUCAAGCAUUAAUGAUUGUGGUUAAUUGCUGCUUGAAGCGAGACUACCUAGCUGCAAUGGACCAUUAUAUCAAGCUCGCUAUUGGAAAUGCACCCUGGCCAAUUGGUGUCACUAUGGUUGGUAUCCAUGAACGUUCAGCCCGUGAGAAAAUUUACACCAAUAGUGUGGCUCAUAUUAUGAACGAUGAGACAACUCGCAAGUAUCUUCAAUCAGUUAAGAGAUUGAUGACCUUUUGUCAACGACGCUACCCAGCGAUGCCUUCAAAAGCAGUUGAGUUCAACAGCCUGGCGAAUGGCAGUGACUUACAGUCUCUGCUAGCAGAAGAGGGAGUUCAACAACCCUCGGAGGAAAGGUUACGACUAAUGCCUGCACCAAAGGACUAGGCGUUAAUCAUGUAAUAAUCUUUAUAUUUCUUCGGAAUUCAAUCUACUCACUCAUGUUUUGCCUGAAUGAUAACUCCAUAUCGUUUCAACCAUGUGUUAUUAUUGUAUGAUUCUGUGCCAGGGGAAAAAUGACUUUGUAUCAAAUGAAUGGCAUCACAUGCUAGAUUUGAUAAAUUCGCUGUGAACUUACUGCAAA